AUGAGUGGUCAAGCAGCUAGCUACUACGAUCAGAAUCAAGGGUUCGAUGCCCGGGGCCAACCCAUCAACAACAACUAUGGAAAUGGCUACAACCAGCCCAAUGUGAAUUACCAGCAAAAUGGAAACUACCAGCCGCCUGUUGCAGAGGCAAAACCCCCGCCUCCGUAUCCUGACAAUUCUGCACCACCUCCACAGUAUCAGACCUUCGAUCAAGCUUUCAAGAUCGACAAACCGAAGUACAAUGAUAUCUGGGCGGGUCUUUUGUUGAUCGCAGUCUUCCUGGGGUAUACUGCUAUAUCAGGCUUGACGAUUCACUCAUACGCGACCAACAAAGGCUUCAGCGGAGGCGGAAUCUACGACUCUGGAAAUGAUUUCUCACUGAACACCAACACCCUCGUGCUAUUUGUCUUCGUUCUCGUCGUUGCUCUCGUUCUAUCCUGGGCUUAUUUCAUGGGCGCGCGCUACUUUACCAAGACCUUCAUCUGGGUUACCGGUAUUCUCAACAUCGUCUUCGCCUUCGCUACUGGAAUUUACUACAUUGCACGCAAACAAUAUGGAGGCGGAAUAGUAUUCUUGCUCUUCGGUGUAUUUGCGGUCAUUUGUUUUAUCAGCUGGAUUCCUCGUAUCCCAUUCACUGCCUUCAUGCUCCAAACUACCAUGGAUGUUGCACGUGGAUACGGACAUGUCUUCCUGGUCAGCGCCCUCGGUGGAAUAGUGACCGUAGCUUUUUCAGCUUGGUUUUCUGUGACCUUAGUUUCUAUCUAUGUCACAUAUGAACCAGACUCAACUGGUACGAACCCUGCUUGCUCGAACGGGGGCUGCAGUCGAGCAAAGGUCAUUGGUCUGGUGGUCUAUGUCACAUUUGCGAUGUACUGGUUCAGUGAAUGGAUCAAGAACACAGUCCACACGACUAUCGCGGGUGUGUACGGCUCAUGGUAUUUCUUCAGUAAGUCUCCCGGCGGAAUGCCGAAGGGUGCCACUCGCGGAGCUUUCCGUCGUGCAACUACCUAUUCCUUCGGCAGUAUCAGCUUUGGUAGCUUGAUCAUCGCCAUAAUUCAAAUGAUGCGACAGGCAUGCUCAGUCGCCCAGCGCCAAGAAGCCGCACAGGGAAAUAUCAUCGGCUCAAUCUUUGUGUGGGUUCUAGGUUGCUUUAUCUCUCUGCUUGACUGGCUGGUCACACUAUUCAAUCGCUAUGCCUUUUGCCAUAUCGCUCUUUACGGAAAGGCGUAUAUCCCUGCUGCGAAGGAUACCUGGAAAAUGGUGCGCGACCGUGGCAUGGAUGCACUUAUUCAGGACUGUUUGAUCGGACCUGUCCUGACCAUGGGGUCCACCUUUGUGGCCUAUGUCUGCGCUUUGCUGGCUUAUUUGUACUUGCAGUUUACCAAGCCGGCUUACAACUCGGAUGGAGACUUUACUGCUGUUAUUAUGGCUUUUGCGUUCCUUAUUGGGCUGCAGGUUUGUCAGGUUUUCAUGACACCUAUUGGCAGCGGUGUCGAGACUAUUUUUGUGGCUAUGGGCUGGGAUCCUCAGGUCAUGAUUAAUGACCACCCGGAUAUCUACUAUAAGCUUGUUGAGCUUUAUCCACGUGUACAGCAGGCUAUUCAUGCUUAA